GAGAGCCUGCUGCAGAUUCUGCUUGCUCAUUAAUCACGCCAACCGGGGCACAGCGCUGAAACACAUCCUCGCCAACAUAAGAAGCACAAAAAGUCCAUUAUCGGAGCUAGCUAUACAUUCACAAGCUAGUCGAAACUGUUUAGACUUCCAAUCGCUCUUCCUUUUUUUUUUUUAACUAAGAGGGUUUCACUACUUCUCUGACAGCAAUGUGCUGUAGUGGACUCACUGGGAGGACUUUAUGGACAGUGACAUUAGCAGAAACAUUGCUAGUUGUGAUAUUAGCAGCUCGCUGGAGUGAGGCUGUGGAUUAUGAUUAUAACACUACUCGUAGUUUCGAAUAUUUGAUGGACCCAGAUAACCCCGAAGACGUCUAUAACUAUAAGGACCCGUGCAAAGCCGUUGCCUUUUGGGGAGACAUAGCUCUAGAUGAAGAGGAUAUGAAGUUGUUUCACAUAGACAGAACCGGUCAGAUAACAAAGCUCACAGCAGGAACAAGAGGACACAAUACAGGUGGUCUUGGGGAGAAAAUCAAUCCCGGAAGCCAGAACUUGACCACAGGAACAAACCAUAAAAGAAAAAAAGUUAUAAAGGGCACAAGACAGAGACUUGCUCCAGAUACCAGACAAAAGAAGAAAAAGAAUAAAAGCCUUUCCGUGGGAGCCAGUGAUACAGCGAGCCGAGUGCGCAGGGCUGCGACAUCGCGCCAGGAGAGGAUAUGGCCGGCAGGUGUCAUUCCCUACGUUAUCGGAGGAAAUUUCACUGGUACCCAAAGAGCCAUAUUUAAGCAGGCCAUGAGACACUGGGAGAAAUACACAUGUGUCACCUUCAUAGAGAGAACAGAUGAAGAGAGUUUCAUUGUGUUCACCUAUCGGCCAUGCGGGUGCUGUUCCUAUGUGGGAAGGCGUGGUGGAGGUCCCCAGGCCAUUUCUAUAGGCAAGAACUGUGACAAAUUUGGCAUUGUCGUCCAUGAGCUCGGCCACGUGGUUGGGUUCUGGCAUGAACACACUCGACCAGACCGUGACAGCCACGUCACGAUCAUCCGGGAAAACAUACAGCCAGGGCAGGAGUACAACUUCCUGAAGAUGGAGCCUGGUGAAGUGAAUUCCCUGGGAGAGACCUACGACUUUGACAGUAUAAUGCACUAUGCCCGGAACACCUUCUCAAGGGGUGUUUUUCUGGACACCAUUCUUCCGCGAAGAGAUGAUAACGGCUUGAGAUCUCCCAUCGGGCAGCGAAUCCGCCUCAGUCAGGGAGACAUCGCACAAGCAAGGAAACUGUAUAAGUGCCCAGCAUGUGGAGAAACGCUUCAGGAUAUGACAGGGAACUUCUCAGCCCCCGGAUUUCCGAACGGCUACCCUUCAUAUUCACAUUGCAUUUGGAGGAUCUCUGUUACUCCAGGGGAGAAGGUUAUUUUAAACUUCACCACAAUGGAUUUAUUCAAAAGCCGUCUUUGCUGGUAUGAUUACAUAGAAGUACGGGAUGGAUACUGGAGAAAAGCCCCAUUACUGGGCAGAUUCUGUGGAGAUAGAGUUCCAGAACCAAUCCUCUCCACUGACAGCAGGCUUUGGAUUGAGUUCCGCAGCAGCAGCAACAUUCUGGGCAAGGGAUUCCUCGCAGUGUACGAAGCAAUUUGCGGAGGGGAAAUCAAAAAGGAUGUUGGGCAGAUCCAGUCCCCGAACUAUCCAGAUGACUACCGGCCUUCAAAGGAGUGCAUCUGGAAAAUAACUGUAUCAGAGGGGUUUCAUGUGGGACUCGCAUUCCAAGCCUUUGAGAUUGAGAGACAUGACAGCUGUACUUAUGACUAUCUGGAGAUCCGCGAUGGAGAAGCUGAAGAGAGCCCUUUGAUCGGACACUACUGUGGGUAUGUGAAGCCAGACGAUGUCAAGUCCACCUCCAACAAACUAUGGAUAAAGUUUGUGUCUGAUGGCUCUAUUAACAAAGCUGGCUUUGCAGCCAACUUCUUUAAAGAGGUUGAUGAGUGCUCAAGGCCAGACAAAGGAGAGUGUGAGCAGCGCUGUGUGAACACUCUCGGCAGCUACAAGUGUGCCUGUGACCCUGGGUAUGAGCUCGCUCCCAAUAAGCGGAGCUGUGAAGCUGCAUGCGGUGGCUUCAUCACCAAACUCAAUGGCACCAUUACAAGCCCUGGGUGGCCGAAGGAAUAUCCAACAAAUAAAAACUGUGUGUGGCAAGUCGUGGCUCCCGCCCAGUACAGGAUCUCCUUGCAGUUUGAGAUCUUCGAACUGGAAGGCAAUGAUGUUUGCAAGUACGACUUUGUGGAGGUGCGCAGUGGGCUGUCUUCAGAUUCAAGGCUACAUGGCAAAUUCUGUGGCUCAGAAAAGCCUGAAGUCAUUACUUCUCAGUUCAACAACAUGAGAGUAGAGUUCAAGUCGGACAACACUGUGUCUAAGAAAGGCUUCAAGGCUCACUUUUUUUCUGAUAAGGACGAAUGCUCCAAGGACAAUGGUGGCUGUCAGCACGAAUGCACCAACAUGUUUGGCAGUUACUCCUGCCAUUGUAGAAACGGCUUCAUUCUGCACGAGAAUGCGCACGACUGCAAAGAAGCUGGAUGUGAACAUAAGGUGACUAGUGCUGAGGGUGUGAUAAGCAGUCCGAACUGGCCUGACAAGUACCCCAGCCGUAAAGAGUGUACAUGGGAACUCUCUUCCACUGCUGGGCACCGUGUUAAAAUUGAGUUCAACGAGUUUGAGAUGGAGCAGCAUCAGGAGUGUGCCUAUGAUCACCUGGAGUUGUAUGACGGACCCAACGGCAAGUCUCCAAUCCUCGGUCGAUUCUGCGGGAGCAAGAAACCGGAUCCGGUCAUCGCUUCAGGAAACAAAAUGUUCCUCCGAUUUUACUCUGAUGCCUCAGUCCAAAGAAAAGGAUUCCAAGCAAAGCAUAGCACAGAGUGUGGGGGUCGACUGAAAGCCGAGAUUAGGACGAAGGACCUCUACUCUCAUGCCCAGUUUGGGGAUAACUUCUACCCAGGACAGUCCAACUGUGACUGGGUGAUCGUGGCAGAAGAUGGAUAUGGAGUGGAGUUGAUUUUCCAGACUUUUGAAAUUGAAGAGGAAUCUGAUUGCGGGUAUGACUACAUGGAAAUCUACGAUGGCUAUGACAGCACAGCACCCAGGCUUGGCAGAUUCUGUGGCUCAGGGCCCCCAGAAGAAAUCUACUCGGCGGGAGACUCUGUAAUGAUUCGCUUUCACUCAGAUGACACAAUCAAUAAAAAAGGAUUUCACGCCCGCUACACCAGUACCAAAUUCCAGGAUGCCUUGCAUAUGUGAAGAGCCAGUGAACUAUCUCUGCCUUCAUCAUAUAAAAAACACGAGACUGUUUAAAAAAAACAAACAAACAAAAAAAAAAAAAAACAUUUAAGAUAUUUUACUGUCAGUCUUCAGGAGUUUAACUUGAUCAAGAGUAUUUUUCUGCAAAUAAAACUGAUGUGAAAGAUACUUUUAAAUAUGCCAUUCAAGCAUGCCAGUAUUCUAAAGACCAAAUAUUAUAGUCAUUUACUGUAUCAAGCCAUAGGACAAUAAAAGCUAGUUUAGCAGUGUUUCAGCAAAACAAGGUGGAUAGGUGAAAAGGAAGCAUAUUUUUACAUAUCAUUCCAAGUGAUGUGGGGCUCCUGCUGGGGAUAUAUACUGCAUACUGUGAGUUUUUAUGACAUGUCGUUACUGAGUUCAAUAUCAAUUUUCAGAAAUGCUCCAAAAUACAGGUACAUUUACUUCUCUGUCAUUACACAGUAGUUGCCGCUUGUAUUUACCACUUAGACCAGUGUUUUUUGGGGGGAGGAGUAACUCAUUUAUCUACCUGCAUACAUAAACAAAGUAUAGUGCAAUAUAACUGCUGUGUACUCUAUGUACCUGUACUUUGAAGUGUAGCCCCAUUUUCUGGCAAGCCUUACAAUGGGAAUCUUAAGUUUUACUUUUGUGUGUGUGUGUGUGUGUGUGUGUG